AAAGUUCUUGGUAAGGAUUUGUUUGGAUCUGAUCCGUCAUCAUCCCCUUCCUAAUUCUUUCUCCUUUUUUUUCAAAUCAAAUCCUCUCUAGGGUUUUCCGCGAUUCUCUUAUAAGCAAUGUUUAAUUACAUCCUUCUCUCUCAAUCCUCUCUGGUGAAGUAGUACACGCAAAGCGUGGCGACUGUGUUUCCCGGACAAAUCUCCUUUUCGCGUCUUAUCCAGGUACUUCAGUAUUAUGAUAUAUCAAAGGAGUAGAUGACAUAGGUAGCGGCAUGAACGUCUCAGGCCUGUUAACUUCAGCUGGCAUCAAUAUAGCAAUCUGUGUUGUUCUUCUGUCACUAUAUUCCAUCUUGAGGAAACAACCCACCAAUGCAAGUGUUUAUUUUGGGCAGAGACUGGCUCACGUGCGAAAGAAACAUCGAGGCCAUUUUUCUUUUGACAGAUUUGUUCCUUCUCCUGGUUGGCUAGUAAAGGCAUGGGAGACAUCCGAAGAAGAAAUACAUUCUAUUGGGGGAUUGGAUGCUGUGGUUUUCAUCCGCUUGAUUGUUUUCAGUAUCAGAACUUUCUCAAUUGCUGCUAUUAUAGGCACUCUUCUUGUUCUUCCAGUGAAUUAUUUUGGCAAGGACAUGGAGCACAAGAAAAUUCCCCUUGAGUCCCUUGAAGCAUUCACUAUUGGAAAUGUUGAAGAAGGGUCAAGAUGGCUUUGGGUCCAUUGUCUUGCCCUAUAUAUCCUAUCUUGCUCAUCUUGCAUUCUUCUUUACUUUGAGUACAAAAAGAUCGCAGAAAUGAGGAUGUUGUACAUCACUGAAUCUUCGAUGAAGCCUAGUCAUUUUACAGUUCUUGUACGUUCUAUUCCUUGGUCUAUUGAAGAGUCAUACAAUGAGGCGGUGAGGAAAUUCUUCAGUGAGUACCACCCAUCAAGUUAUCUAUCACAUCAAAUGGUAUACAACUUUGGCACAAUGCGGAAACUGAUGAAUGAUGCAGCUUUGAUGUACAGGACACUAAUGCCCACUAAUGUUGAUCAGGAACUUGGAUCAAACCUGAGAUGUGGACUUUGUAAUGGAACUACACAUCCUUUCAAGAUGCUUCCUGAUCAUUCAGACAGUGUUGAAGAAGGAUCUGUUUUUAGUGAAUCAGAUUUAAGAGAAAAGGAGUGCCCAUCAGCUCUAGUAUUCUUCAAGAGCCGCUACGCUGCCCUUACAAUUUCAAGGGAUCUACAUUCAGCAAAUCCGAUGAAAUGGGUGACAGAUUAUGCUCCUGAGCCUCUUGAUGUUUACUGGAGAAGUCUUAGAAUACCUUAUCAUCAGCUUUGGAUCCGUAAGAUAGCAGUUCUGCUAGCCUCAAUCUUCUUUCUACUGUUGUUUAUUCUGCCAGCCACACUCGUGCAAGGCCUUGUUCAUCUGGACAAAUUACAAACGUCAUUUCCAUUCUUAAGAGGAAUUCUAAAGAAGAAAUAUGUAAGUCAGCUGGUGACUGGAUAUCUCCCAAGUGUGGUGUUGAUGCUAUUUCUGUAUGCUGUUCCUCCAAUUAUGAUGCUAUUUUCAACAGUGGAAGGACCAAUCUCUCGCAGUAAAAGGAAAAAGAGUGCAUGUUACAAAAUCCUCUUCUUCCUGAUUUGGAAUGUCUUCUUUGUUAAUGUUGUGUCCGGAAAAGUAUUUGAGAAAUGGGACAUCUUUAGUAGACCCAAAGGCCUGCCAAAUGAAUUUGCUAUAGCCGUUCCAUCACAGGCUACUUUCUUUACAACAUAUGUGUUGACAUCAGGUUGGGCGAGUGUAUCAUCAGAACUGAUGCAGCCAUUUGCCUUAAUCUGCAACUUUGUCAUGAGACAUAUUCUCAGACACAAGGAUGAUCCAUCUUAUGGUCCCUAUACAUUUCCAUACCACACAGAAAUUCCAAGAGUUCUCCUAUUUGGGCUUCUGGGUUUCACAUUAUCUAUAUUGGCGCCCCUAAUUUUGCCUUUCCUUCUCGUCUACUUUUUCCUUGCGUAUCUGAUAUAUCGGAAUCAGAUUAUGAAUGUGUAUGUACACACAUAUCAAAGUGGUGGUCAAUUAUGGCCAAUUGUACACAACACAACAAUUUUCUCACUUGUGUUUACACAAAUCAUAGCGGUUGGGGUUUUCGGACUGAGAAAAGCAAGCGUUCCUUCUGCCUUCACGAUCCCCUUAAUCAUUUUUACUCUUCUCUUCAAUGAGUACUGCAGGAAAAGGUUUCACCCCAUAUUUAAGAAGUUCCCUGCUGAGGCUCUUAUUAGGAUGGAUAGGCAAGAUGAGGAGCAUGGGAGAAUGAGAGAGAUAAGCCAACAAUUACAUUCAGCUUAUUGCCAAUUUGGUGCAACUUCUAAAGGCAGUUUUGAGGAUGUACAUUUGAGACAUUGUAGCAAUCGCCACACUUCUGCAGAUCCAGAGGAUAUUAUUAACCUCCCUGCAGAAAAGGAACCAGCAUAUAAAAAUGAUGGAUCAUCAUCAUCAUCAUCAUCUGCUUGUACCAGUUUGGAGAUUGAACAAGUGAAGUAGAUAAGAAGAUCAUAGAAUAUAGCAGUGAAAAAGAAAAUAUACAAGUUUGGUUUUUUCAUUGUUGUACAGUAAAAGAAAUCUGCAAUUCAUUCAGAAAAGGUGCUUUUGAUGAGCAGCCUGGAGAUGAAGAACAUCUGUGGUGGGAUAUAUGGGUGGUUUGAGUGAUGAUGAGGAGGAGGAAAGUAUUAAAGAAAUGUAGAGAAAAAAUAUGUACAUUUGAUUUAUGUGGACAAGAUCAUUUCUUAGCCAUCAUCAUCCCUUGGGGCUUGUUUGAUCA